UUUUCUCUUUGAAAGGCGCAGUUGAACCUGGAAGUAAUACAAAGUCAUGACGUUUCGUGGAAACAUGGUCUUAUUUUGUUGGUGUAAGACACAUCGUGAUUCUGUUAUCGUUCUAUUAAUACAAUUUAUGAAGGACUUUAAUUCGUGGUAACAGCGGCCUGGGCUCGCAGAAACAUGGUGGGCUAUGACCCUGGUGCUCAGGGAGCUGCUCUCUCUCCAGAGGAGGCAGCCCUGGCUGGGUCAGCAGCUGGGAUGGUCACUCGAGCCCUCGUCAGCCCAUUUGACGUGAUUAAAAUCCGCUUUCAGCUGCAGAUUGAGCGAGUGUCUUCGCUGAGGCCGGCGGGGAAGUACUGGGGCUUGUUUCAGGCUUCUCGCUGCAUUCAUUCAGAGGAGGGGAUCUCCGCUUUUUGGAAGGGCCACAUUCCUGCACAGCUCCUCUCCAUCAGCUACGGUGCCGUCCAGUUUGCCAGUUUCGAGUUUCUGACCGAAGCAGUGCACAAGGCGACGGCGUACGACAGUCAGACAGCGGGGGUUCACUUUGUGUGUGGUGGCUUGGCAGCCUGCUCCGCUACGGUGGUCUGCCAGCCCCUGGACACACUGCGCACACGCUUUGCGGCUCAGGGAGAACCUAAGGUGUAUAGGAACCUGCGACACGCUGUGUUUACAAUGUGCCACUCCGAAGGAGUACGGACGUUUUACCGUGGACUGACUCCCACGCUCAUGGCCGUGUUUCCAUAUGCUGGGCUGCAGUUUUUCUUCUACAACGUCUUUAAAAAGCUUCUUGCUUCGCAGCAAAAGACUGAAAACUCAGGAGGGAACAUUCAGAGUCUGAUCAGUGGCAGUGGAGCUGGAAUGAUUAGUAAAACAAUCACAUACCCGUUUGAUCUCUUCAAGAAGAGACUGCAGGUUGGGGGCUUUGAAGCAGCCAGAGCUCACUUUGGCCAGGUGCGCCGUUAUCGAGGCCUGGUGGACUGCAUGGCUCAAAUAGCAAAGGAGGAGGGCGUUCGAGGCUUUUUCAAAGGCCUCUCACCGAGCCUCGUGAAGGCUGCACUUUCAACAGGCUUCACCUUCUUCUGGUAUGAGUUUUUCCUUAAUGCCAUGCGUAAUAUGAAGCAGAGACAGAAAACAGAAGGCUUCACCAAAGACCAGAGGGAAAGAUAAUGACAGGUAAAAACUACCAAUGGUCCAAAUCAUGCACAUGGGAAAAAAACUCACCUUGUUCUUUGCACUUACAAAUUCAACCGCUGGGUCAAAGUGUGUGUUGUCACUUUGUUUGUUGUCAUUUUAAAGGGUUUAUGUAUAACGAUGGCAAAACAGCCUCAUUUUAUCUGUACCUGUGCUGUUACACCUUUUUAAAAUAUGGGUAUUUUAAGGUGAGCUUGUGUUUAAAGAAUACAGUAAAUAUUCAAAACGUAAAUAUUCAAACUGAACUUUGCACAUUUCACAGUAAGGGAAUAGUUGGUGGCAGUGCUGUGCAAACACCAACGAUGGACAUUUGUGUUUAUCUAUUCUAUUCUGGCCUAUUAUCAUGGGUGAAGCAUGUGUUGUGUGUUAUUCUUGAAAUAAUAAUUUUGGACAUUAAAGAUAUUUUUAAAAUA